AUGUCCCCGAGCACCCUAAACCCCCGCGUCUUCGAGCUUCCGGUGGAGAUGACUCAUGCAAUCCUGGACUUCCUCCCCCUCUCCUGCGUCCUCGAGCUAUCAACUCAGAGCUCUCGAGUUUCCUCUAUCCUUUUAUCAAGUCCAACGUGGUGUUCCCUCUACACCUCCUCCGCCCGCCUUGAGCUAUUUCAAAAGCUCUACUAUCUGAUUCUGGAUAUCCACACGCUCUAUUGCCCCACCCCUUUCAUCCACGGCGAAUGGAAAACUUCACCCGAGGUCACUCUCACAUAUCGCUGGUACGCCGUACGCAACUGGAUGCGCCGCGUUGACCCCGUCAUCGACUUGUUCGCGUCGAUGGACGAGUGCGUGGUGGGUGCGCUGAGAACGCUUGCUUUCACCUCGAGACCCGGGGCACUGGAAUCAUCCCCCAUUGGAAAUUGCAGAACGAGGAAAUCGCAGCGGUCCAAAUCCUGUGUCAGAUGGCUAAAGUGGAAUCGAGGGUCUGACGAUAGUGUCAAGAGCGGGGUUGGGGUCGAGCGCUUUCGGGUGUAUAUCGGCACGCUCAAAAGCGUACAGGAAAGGGAGAAUGUGUCCGAGUCGAGGAAUUUACGCAAGCUGGCUGGUUUGCUGAAGAAGUGCGUCAAAGAGGUUGAUGCUUUGGCAGGAGAGGGUGGGACACCGCGGAAGAAUCUCAGGCCGCUAAUAGCACAUCUCUGGCGGAAGUCCAAAGAGUGCCUCCAUCGCCCCAUACUCCGACCACAUGUCAUUCAUGGGGCCCCUGAUUUUAGAGAAAAUGCGCUGCCAUACGACAUACGACUUGUCUUCCUUGUCCAGACGCUCGUCACGAUGACCCCGCUCUUAGGAUCUGAAACGACCGCAAGGCCGCCCGUGCCAUCAAACGAUAGCGCCUUCAGUCGCAAUUUCGCUUGCCUUCAUCUUGAUCACGAGGGAUUCGCCUCGCGUCGUGAGCUACUAGAUCCUGAAUACUGCGAGUACCCGGUAUACAACUUUUACAAGGUCAUCAACGGGCUAGGCCUUGACAUUCCGAUACCAAGGUUCACGGAAAGCUACAAAAAAAGAAUCGAAGGAUCUGCCGCUCAGGGUCGGAAAGAUACUAAGGAUAUGGGAGAAGAGCUCGACAGCGACGAGGAUGUAGAGACUGAAGAGGCGAAAGAUCAGCGGGAAGCUGCCGUGUGGAUGGCGGCAUUUUUGAGGAUCGCUCUGGAUUUUGAAACUCGGUUUGCAACGAUUAGGAGGGAGGUCGAGGAGGGGUAUAGGUCGGUGGACUGUGACUGCGAUGAAGGGAGCUGUGAGUAG